AUGGUUCCUAUCCGCGUGCACACUGUUCUCGUUUCCACCCAACACGAUGAGACUGUCACCAACGAUGAGAUCGCCGCAGACCUCAAGGAGCAUGUCAUCGAGCCGGUCAUCCCCGAGCAGUACCUGGACGAGAAGCCCAUCUUCCACCUCAACCCAUCUGGCCGUUUCGCGGUCUUUGUUGACACCUACGGCACCGGCAAGAUCCGUGACAAGGAGAUCCUGGAGAUUGUCAAGGAGAACUUUGACUUCAGGCCGGGGAUGAUCACCAGUAACCUUGACCUGAAGAGAGGUGGCAACGGCAGGUUCCGCAAGACAGCAGCAGCCUAUGGUCACUUCGGCAGGGAUGACCCAGACUUCACCUGGGAGGUGGUGAAGCCUCUCAAAUGGGAGAAGACAGCUGCUUAA